CCGCCGUCCCCAUUGGCUGAGGCUGUCCGGGGCCGGGGUCUGCGCGCGACAGUCCGAGACCCCGCAGCUCCGCCCCAACGCGGGUACACGGGGAGCAGGAGAAAACCGGGUGCUUGAGGAGCGAGCUUCUGCGCCUGGGAAGCCCCGUCGGGGGCCAUGGGGGGACAGGUGAGGCUGCCGCCCGGAGAGCCCUGCCGAGAAGGCUAUGUGCUGUCCCUGAGCUGUCCGAAUGCCUCCCAGGCUUGGUGUGAGAUCACACAUGUGUCACAGCUGCUGGCCUCUCCUGUGCUCUACAGGGACCUGAAUUCCAGCAUAACCAACCUGAGCGUUUCUACAGAGAACAAAUACAGCCUUUAUAUAGGCCUGGUACUGGCAAUAAGUUCCAGUAUUUUUAUUGGCUCCAGUUUCAUCUUGAAAAAAAAGGGCCUCUUGCAACUGGCCAAAAAGGGUGUCACUAGAGCUGGACAAGGUGGACAUUCUUACCUCAAGGAAUGGCUCUGGUGGGCAGGAUUACUCUCAAUGGGAGCAGGAGAGGUUGUGAAUUUUGCAGCUUAUGCUUUUGCUCCUGCCACUCUGGUCACCUCACUGGGCGCGCUGAGUGUUCUUGUAAGUGCAAUAUUGUCUUCCUACUUUUUAAAUGAGCAAUUGAACAUUCAUGGGAAAAUAGGCUGUAUAUUAAGUAUAUUGGGAUCAACUGUGAUGGUUAUCCAUGCCCCACAAGAAGAGAAAGUUGCUACUCUGCAUGAAAUGGAAAUGAAAUUGAGAGACCCAGGAUUUAUCUGCUUUGCUGUGAUCAUAACUGUGAUCUCCUUGGUACUAAUUUUGAUUGUGGCACCCAAGAAAGGACAGACCAAUAUAUUGGUCUACAUAUCAAUCUGUUCAUUGAUUGGAGCAUUUUCAGUUUCCUCCGUCAAGGGCCUGGGCAUUGCCAUUAAGGAACUACUGGAAUGGAAGCCCGUUUAUAAGCAUCCUCUGGUCUUCGUUUUGUUGGCUGUACUUGUGCUUUCGGUGACGACACAGAUCAACUAUCUUAAUAAGGCACUGGACACCUUUAAUACAUCUCUUGUGACUCCCAUUUAUUACGUGUUGUUCACAUCCAUGGUAGUGACUUGCUCUGCCAUCUUAUUUCAAGAAUGGUAUGGCAUGAAUGCUGGAGAUGUCAUCGGGACUUUGAGUGGGUUCUUCACCAUCAUCAAUGGCAUCUUCCUUCUACAUGCUUUUAAAAACAUUGACAUUACCUGGAGUGACCUGACAUCCACUACUCGGAAAGAAGUCCUCUCUGCGAAUAGCAGUGAAGACAAAUAUGUCUUACUAGAGAACACAGACUAUUCAGUCCCAGGAUUCGAUGAUGACAUUACCUUGUAUAGCAGGACUAGUCAAAAUCCCUAGAAACCUGGACUUUAACCACCAGAAGACACUUGGAGAGGAGAAGGAAUACCUGAUUCUUGAAAGAAAUAUUAGGAAAGCUGGCAUUUUUAAAGUUCUAACUAAUAAUGUAGACAUGAGGCCAAAUAAAAAUGCCUGCACUUUUGGCCAUCACAUUUGAAAAAUCAAAGUUUUGGUCCUUCUCCAGAAGACUUCUGCUGUUUUUCAUUUAUGCAAACUUGAAAUACUGCCUAAGCAUGAAAGAAGUCAAAGAAUUAGAUAACUCUCAGAACAAUCUCUUUCUUCUGGUCACAGUGUGUUUGACUCUGCCAGGUGGCUCUUGAUUUCUUUGGCUGCUAUUCUUAGUCUCUCAGUAAUUCAUAGGUACACUCAACUGUAUACUGAUAGCAAAAUAUCAGUCAUCACUCUCUAAUGAGUCAUAAUUUCAAAUUAUUAAGACUGAGAAGCGAGAUCACUGAUGCUUCCCCUCACUCUACAGCUUCCUUCUUUCUAAGUAGCUGAAGGGAAGGUGUUAAAGGACAUGCACAUGCUGGAGGUCUGCUCGGCGGUAUGCUACAUGUGCAAGACACAUGUGCCCAUGAAGGGCUUAUAAGCUGUGAUUUAUUGAUACAUCAUAGAGGUUUAUUAACAAUUAAAAUGGGAGAAUGGAAGAGAGAAAUACUUAAUUACCUUAGGUAAAUGAAACUAUUUUUCCUUUUCACAAAAACAAAUGCACAUGAUUAUGUUCAUGGGUUCUUUUAAUUCAGACCUGAACAACAUAGGACACAAUUGAGUUUCUGAAGAAGUACAAGUGAUUUCGGCUUUGGAGUUCUUUAUAUUCAUUUUGUUCUCUACUUUUAUUAUUAUUAUCCGAAAUGUCAUUUUUCUUUUUGAUGUAGAGACUUUCAAAGAGUAAGUACAUUGUUUUAGCAUUAUAUUGUACACUUAAAUUUUUCUCAAAGGUUUAAUCCCCAGAGGGUGGGUUUUCCACAAACUAGAAACAAGUAGAAAAAUCUUUAUGAAAGACCUGAAUGAGUUAUCAUAAUUGUCCUCUUGAAAUCUGGCAUUUUCACCUUUAUUAAGGAAAUUAUAAUUGGUUACUAACAUUUUUAAAAAUAUGCAUAUCCUACCACAAUAAGUGGUAGAUUGUCUUUUUCUGUUGAAUUUCAUCCUGGCCAUGCUUUCCAUACAUUUUAUUGUAAUUAUCUGGGGAGAAUAGGAAGGUGGGUUAACUUCUUAGAAAACAAAAUACUAAGACCUCAGGGACUAGUACAGGGAAAUAUAUUUUCAUGUUAAAGCCUGCAUAAAAUUUUCUUAUCUCACUCCAAGUGCAUGGGAGAAGUAACAAUUUUGGUGGUCUUUACUGUUUAUGGGUAGAUUACUCAUCACUCAUUGAUUUAAUGGAAAAGAAAUUAGCUAUAUUAUUUCUAGACCAAAGGUAUUUCUCUCAAAAAAAAUCCUAACCCCAAAAUUAUGACAUUAAAAACAAACAAACAAAAAAACCUUCAGUUUGACUGGAUGUUUCUCCUCUAAUGUCAAAUGUUAUUAGUUUUAUUUGUUUGUAAUCUAGCUGAAGUCUAUCCUGGGUAAUAGUAGUAGACUCUUUUCUUCAGAAUUCCAUUAAAGUGACUUGAGCAUUUCCACAGUUUUGUUGAACUAUGACUGACGUCCACAGUGAUGACCUGAGAUGAUUGCAAAGUUCUAAAGUGCUUGUAUAGUCUCUUUGGCACAGGGCUUCCCAGAUGGCGCUAGUGGUAAAAAACCAGCCUGCUAAUGCAGGAGACAGGAGAAACACAGGUUCAGUCCCUGGGUUGGGAAGAUCCCCUGGAGAAGGGCAUGACAACCCACUCUAGUAUUCUUGCCUGGAGAAUCCUAUGGACAGAAGGGCCUGGCAGUCUGCAGUCCAUGGGGUUGCAGAAUUGGACACAACUGAAGUGACUUAGCACACAGGCAGUGUUGAGUGCAAUUGAGUGCCUUCCACAUUUUUGAAAAUUGAUAAUCCAUGGAAGAUGCAUGGGUUGAUACCUCAGGUCAAAUAUAUGUUUACUCUGUUGAUUGCUGUCUCAUCUAAAUUGUAUAUCAGAUACAUAAGUUAUGAACACAAGCUUGUAGUUUCUAAAAAGGUAGUGGUUUCUAAAAAGGUAGUGGUUGAAAGUUGUAGAAAUUCAUUUAAAGUUUUUCUUUUUUUCUGUUGAAAACUGUUGCUUUCUCCAGGACACCUUCUUAGUGAGCAGAUUCAUAGCAUCCAACCUGAGGCCAAGGUAGUCCUCCACUUAACUGAAACUUGGUCUCAGGUAUUUCCUCAGUGUCACCUGUUACAAAGCUUUGCCCUUGGCAUAUUGUGCCCAGCUUGAAGGUCCCUGGAAUACAAGAAACCAUGUGUACCCUGGGAUGGAUAAUGAACUGGUGUUGACACAUAUGCCCAGGAGAAAGUCUCAGAAAGAUCUAAUGAGUUGAAACAUAUUGAGAAACAAUAAAACAUUUGAAAAACUCUAAAAAUCUCUGGUGGGCAUAUGCAUUGAAAAACCAAAAUGCUGCAAAUCCAAAACCCAGAAUACUUUUUCCCAAACAGGAAGAUGUUGUCCAAGGAGGAACAAAAUGCUGGAUCCCUAUAUUCAGACUAACUGUGUUAGUCUUAACUGGUACUUUCAAAUGUAUAUAUUUUUAAUAUAUAUACACUUUAUCUCAGAUACCUUAAGAUUUAUUAUGUGAAAAUCUGUACAUGUAUCAUCAAGGAUCACAAAACUGUCUUCACAUAGCCAAAAGGAAAGCCUUUCCUAAUUCUGUAAACAUAAUAGUUUUAUUUUAUUUUCUAACUUACUAUUUUAUUCUUAGAUCAGUGGUUAAUUAUUUAAUUUUUAGUUCAGAUUUCCAAAUGUUCAUAAUGCAAUUAACAUUUUUGUUUUAAGAGUAUGAAGUCAAAUAUAUGUAUAUGGAAAGCACUCACGUUUAUCCCUGAAAGUGAGGCAUUGAUACAAUUCCGUUCUCUCUGAAACGUUCUAAUUCUCACAGUCUUAAUAUGAGACUGAUAAGGACCGUUCGUCAUCAGUUUUUGUAAAUUCUUUUUUGUUUUCAGUUUGUCACUUUAGCUCAUUUUUAAUAAUUUAAGUGAAAAUGAAUUCUAUUAGUGUAUUAUCAAUACAAAAUGUUAGACAAAAAUAUUUUUCUUAAUAAAACCAAACUAUAUACAGUUUUCACAUCCCAAUAAAGCUUUGUAGAAAAUAACUUUCAUCAAUAUAAAUGAAAUAUUUUCAAAUAUUUAAAAAAUUAUGAUCAUGAAACUUUCUAUUUUUCUAAUGUUUAUAAAUACUGUGCAUUUUAGAAAGUUUACAACUUUUAAUGUUUCUCUAUAUCUUUCAUUUGUAAUAAAAUAAUG